AGUCACUUCGCUGUUGCUCAUUAAUAGCCUUGUUUGAAAAGGAUACUCGUUAAACACCUAUACCUGCUUUUGAAUCUUUUAAAAGAACAGUUUGAAUGCAGUCAGUGAAUUUAAAUUAAAAAUUAAUGGAGUGUUUAAACCUUGUUAAACUGUGUAUGUGAUUCAUGGUCGUAAAAUUUAUCUUGGUGUUUGUACGCUAUUUAGGUUCAAAUUAGGAAACAUGUGAAAAUUAGUUAACUUCUUUUAUCAGGUGGUGAUUAAAGUUAUUCAUGAAUCUUAUAUGGUAUAUUUGAGGAAGAGGUGUCAGGUUUACAUCUGCAUUUGAAAGGAAACCUCAUAGAAAACACAAAGCACUGACCAAAACGGAAUAAAGAAUUGAAGGGUAAGGUAAACGCUUCAUACAAUGUAUCGGCGUGACCGUGUAGGUUCAGGUUCCACUGUGUCCUCAGUGGUUUCCAGCUUUUCAAAAAAGUCAAAGGAAGCCGCCAAGGAGAACAUUCCAUCUAGGCUUCCUCGAGGACAAGCAACACCAAAGGAGCUUACCAGUUCACGUAACAAGGAUAUUUCAAAAGUCAAGGACUCUACUUCGACAGUGCCUGCAACUGCUAAAUCUCGUGAACAUGUGACAUCAUCACACACCGCACAGAAUGCAGCAUCAUCUCAUGGAACUCACAGUGUGACUUCAUCACACAAUGUGCGAAAUGGUUCGACUGGAUCACGGUCGGAAGUGUCGUCUGUUCCCAGCAGACGGGAGAGCUCAACGAGCUCAGUCAGCAGUGUUGAUGUGGAACCAGUCAGCCCGGUUUCCAGCCCAGGACUGGCCAGCAGUUUAUCUUUAAAUGUAAAGGGGAAAGUUUCCUCCCCUAAGUUUGUGAACCCAGAGCAGUCUGGCUAUGUGGGGUUUGCCAAUUUGCCAAACCAGGUUCACAGGAAAUCUGUCAAGAAGGGAUUUGAGUUCACCCUCAUGGUUGUCGGUGAAUCUGGCCUGGGGAAGUCCACCCUGGUCAACAGUCUCUUUCUGACGGACCUCUACCCAGAGAGGCAGAUACCCACAGCUAUAGAGAAGGUAAAGCAAACAGUGAAGAUUGAUGCGUCCACAGUGGAGAUUGAAGAGCGUGGAGUAAAACUGAGACUGACAGUGGUCGACACGCCGGGGUUCGGGGACUCACUCAACUCCACAGACUGUUUCAAACCGAUCAUCCAGUAUGUAGAUGACCAGUUUGAGCGCUACCUGCAGGAUGAGAGUGGGCUAAACAGGAGACACAUCAUUGACAAUCGCGUACACUGCUGCUUCUACUUUAUCAACCCUUCAGGACACGGAUUACGGCCUCUAGACAUAGCAUUCAUGAAAGCAGUACAUCAUAAAGUCAACAUAGUUCCAGUGUUAGCGAAAGCAGACACGCUUACAAAGAAAGAGGUGUUAAAUCAGAAGAAGAAGAUCCUACAGCAGAUCGAGCAGCAGGGGAUCACCCUGUACCCACUGCCAGACUGUGACGAUGAUGAGGAUGAGGAAUACAAGGAGCAGUGCCGGCAACUCAAGGAGGCGGUGCCAUUUGCUGUGGUCGGGUCUAAUACAAUCAUUGAAGUGAAGGGGAAGAAGGUCCGGGGUCGUAUGUACCCCUGGGGGGUGGUUGAGGUGGAAAACCCCGAACACUGUGACUUCAUUAAACUCAGGACCAUGCUCAUCACCCACAUGCAGGAUUUACAGGAAGUUACGCAGGAGGUCCACUACGAGAAUUUCCGUGCUGGGAGACUCGCCUCAGGACAAUCCCUGCCUUCCAAGAAAAGCAGUUCUCGACGCAGAGCCGUUCCUGAACCUUCCGAUCGUGGCAACAGACCGGAUGCUCCAGGUGGUGGUGCGGAUGCCCGGGACCAAGCUCUGAUAGAGAAGGAGAAACAGUUGCGGCAGAUGCAGGAGAUGGUUGCCAAGAUGCAGGCCGAGAUGGAGGCGCAGAAGGGCGGCCAGCAGAACGGGGUCCGCUCACACAAUGUAUAGGAGGUUUAACAAUGCAUCUAGCUGUCAGGGUGUUGUUGGAACCAGGGCUUUAACUAGACUAGUGCUGUUGAUGGGGGCCUUUAGGAAAGAGGCUCUACUACUUUGCUGACUUCUAUUGCUGUUAAUAUAGGACCUAAUUAUGAAGGACAUUUCUUCUUUUGAAGAAUACUUUAAAGGAACAAAGUUUGUCCUUAUGUUACUGGUUGUUUGGCCCAAGUUUACAUCAUAAUUCAUAUAUGUGGAAAGAAGGACAGAUCUUCAAAUUAAUAUAUUUUGCCAAAAUGUUGUUAAUCUUAAGACAUUUAGAUAUUGGCCAGCUGACAGGUAAUUUAUCUGCCAAUGUUAAUGCCUUUACUUUCGUAACAACAUAAUGGAUUAUUAGAACAUGCAUGUACAUGUCAUGGAUGUGUUAGCAUAAUAGUGCUCAGCAUUAUAUGUUGAUGACAUGAAUCAACCACUAAUACAUGAAGCAGUCAUUCACAAUAUCAUGUCAUUGUAUAUAGAAGUGCUCUGGCCUAAACUGGGUCCAAAGUGUUUAUACUGAGGUUUUAUAUUUUUGUGUUAUAUUGAAUUUUUUAGUCUUUGAUAAUAAUAAUGCAAUUUUUUAUGUAAAUCUGUAGCAAUUAACAUGACGCUGGUUAUCAUCCAAACAAUCAAUUAACCAAUAAAGGUAUUAUAGUUUGUCAAUAAAUGAUAGAACGUAGUUGAGCAAUGAAUUAUUUUGACCGCCUAUGACAAGUGGCCACGCGUGGCUAGACUCCUAUUUGCGUCAUGUUAAUUAUAUUUCGAGACGUAUAAUAAUUUUUGAAUCUAUUUUUGUCUUUCUUUUUUUGUUGUUCGUUGUGUGUGUGUGUUGUUGUUUAGUACAGAGGAAAUUGUUUUACAUAUAGGUAUUAAAUCUGUUUUGAUAACAUUUUGAAAUAUUGCCUUGCAUUAUAGAAAGGAAUCUCCAUUUGUAAAGAUGAGAAUGGGAGGUCACAUAAUCAUGGAACCGAGGUCAAUUAUGGACUAAUGCUUGCUUUGUUCAUACAAGUUUGUUUUAUCUUUGGUAAUUGUGUAUUGUAAAGAUAGCUGCCAAAUAGCCUUCUAAGACAUAAUGGUAGGAAAUCUGAAGUGCAUGUUUUGAAUGUCCAUGUUUUGUUCAGAAGGUGAGAGUGUGCCGUUUCUGUUAUCCUUUCAUUAUAUUGUGCAAUAAUAUUCUAAGAUCUGUUUGAAAUCUUGAACAUUUUGUGAACCUGAUUUAGUCUAGUUGUUUUCAUUUGUAACAGAACUGUGAGUUUCUUUCAAAACCCUUGGUCUAUUGCUCUGUUUAAAGCAUGUGCCAUAACUUUGUCUUCCAUAAUGGCUGAAGCUGGUUAAAAUCACUAGAUUUUCUUUAUUGAUUUUUAUCUUAUGUAAAAAAGCUUUAAAUAAGUUUUUCAGGAUACUAAGUAACUGUCCAUUAUAAUUUACUUGGUACAUUAGAAAUAAAGUGGAUGGGUCAAGUUUGUUUGUAAAGAAAUGGUUGGAGAGUGAUGUUUUGGCCAACAUGUGUACAUGUAGUUUUAAUAGUAAUAAAAAAGGUUUUCUGAAAAAAAUAUUCACUUUCCAAAUCACUUGUUUGUGGGCUCAGAUGCUGGAAUGCAAAAUUCUUCCGAUCAUCAUGAACUAAAUCUGAUGUAACAGGAUGUACUUAAAUUAAGAAUCAUGGUUUAAGCAAACCUACAAGUAAGUCAAUUAUAUGUGUAAAUUGUAUUGUGUUCUUAUAGUACUAUGUAUGAGCAAAUCAAAUAACAUCACAUAUUAAUAUGUUAUAUAAUUUGUAAUGUGUACAUGUAUUCAUGUAAUAUAUCUUAGUAAAACAUUUUGAAAUACAGUAUAAUUGAAAUAAUAAA